AAAACAAAGAGAAACGAAAAGUAUUGUGAAAAAUAACAAGCGAAAAUUAAAAUAAUAAAAAAGAAAAUCAACUGGAGGAAGGUCCGCGCUAAAUACUUAGCGGAAAAAUAUAUAUAUUUUUACGUUUUUAUGUUUUUGUGUUCGCCUCUUAGGUUAAUGUAAGAAGCGUGCUUUGUUAGUUGCUGUGGUGUGGUUUUAUGUAAUUUUAUAUGAGAUAUUUGUCGAAAGGAGGCUUCAAGUAAAGAGUUAUUAACAACAAGAAGAAAGCGAAAAUAGGUAUAAAUAUAUUAAAUAAACGAAAAGAAGCAGGAACUACGUCAAAUUCGAAGGUAAAGUUAUUGUGCGGAUGCAAAAAAUAUCGACAAUUAAUACACUAUAUGUCUAUAUAUAUAGAACGACAUUGCACACUAACAUCAUUUAUAUAUGUGUGUGUUGGCGACUAAACGUGGAUUAUAUACGCGCAUAUAUACUUCAUACACGCACAUACAUAUAUAGUAUUUAUGCGAUGUUUUAUAUCUUCAAUAUGUACAAAUGUUUUGUAUCUUCAAUAUAUAAUUCAUAAAUCACUCACUAUAAUUAUCAACUUAAAUUAUCGACUAAAAUCUGUAAUUUAAGCAUUUGAACAAAAUAACGAAAUUAUACAAGAAAUAACUACAGAAGUCCAAGUAGAAAGAAGCGGAUAAAAACGUCGAAAAAAUGGUAAAUGAAAAAUUUCCAGAAAAUUCCUGGUCUGACAACCCAGCAGAUGCAGAACAAUUCAGUGAUGAAGGAGGUGAAGAUGAUGCCAAUGAGAAUCAUACCUCGUCGUGGUCGCCUUACGAAGACCCAUAUCAACGACCGAGCCAAGUCAGUCAGAAGCUGAUCCCGAAUCAUUCGCUGACGACAUCGAAGAUAUCGUUCUUGGCAUCACUCGACGAUGUGUGUGAGAUUGAUAAGGAGAAACAGCAGAACAUAAAGAAGGGCUUCAGCUUGUUUGAAGGGAUGUUGCUGGUCAUGAUGUCACUGAACCUUUUCAUGAUGAUGGGGUUCCUUGGCUGCAUGGGGCUCUUCUACAUCGAACUGCUCGACGAAUUCCAUCUCACCCGCUCCAUUGCCUCGAUGGUUGUAUCCGUACCCUGGGGAUUUGCCUUUGGAAGUGGAAUCCUAACUGGUCUCCUCAUCAACCGAUUUCCAUGUGGGUUAAUUAUCGUCUUUGGUUCCCUCAUGAUGUCCAGUGGAAUCAUUGCCAGUUCCUUUGCCUCCAACAUCAUCUCCCUUAUUGUCACUCUGGGCAUCUUUUCUGGAAUUGGCGGCAGUUUUAUCUUCAUUUCUUCGUUCAUUGGAACUGGAUUGUAUUUCGGUCAGAGAGGCUCGUAUGCCAUUGCCAUUGUAUCUGUGUCCGUCCCGCUGGGAUUUCUACUCUACCCACUUCUCGCAACAGUCCUCAUCUCAGAAUUCACUUGGCGUGGUGCCAUGCUAAUCCUUGGUGCCAUUUCUUUGAACAGUGUACCUUUUGGAAUUAUCAUUUGGCGGGCAAAACUGAGACUCAAAAGUGAAGAAACUGUUUUGGAUGUUAAAGCAAGCUCCAUUGAUAAUUUCGGCAGCGUCCUCUCCAUCCACAAGAAUGAUAUCACCAUGAAGUUAUGUAAAGACAUUUUCGCAGAUAAGAAAUUUUGGGUGUUCCUACUCGGAAUCACCUUGUUAUUUUCUCUGGUGACUCUAAUCUUCAACCAAUUGACCGAUUUCUGUAUAGAACUUGGCUAUAAAUCAGUUGCAAGCAUGGCUUUGACUUUCUUCAACAUCCCAUCGUUCUUUGGACGGGUCAGCUGCAGUCUGUUGCUCCGAUUUACAAGAAUCACUACACCCGUAGUCUUUGCCGUGACCCUCACUCUGUUUGGAUUGACAGUGUCCCUGGUGUCAGUUGCAUACAAUUUCCAAAGCAUCAUCGCCAUAAUCACCAUAGCAGGUUUCUUCCAAGGACCUGCCACAGGUAUCUACACAUGUGUAAUUAUUGAGAUUAUAGGAUUUCAAAGAGCUGCCAUGGCUCAAGGUGUAACAGAUACCACCUACGGAUUAGCAACAAUCCUCGUGGGAUAUAUAGCAGGUCUUAUUAGCGAAGUGACCAGAUCCUACAAGAACGGUUUCCUUCUCUUCGGCAUCUUGGCAGCGGCCAGUGGGGUCAUUCUGUGUGUUUACUUGCUGGUCAGUAAGUGCCGGAGUGGAUCUGACCAGUCGGAAUCAACAACAGACACCAACGUCAAACCUGUUCAUGUCUAACGGACUUUUAUUACCAUGACAACAGAAACAUUUACAAGACAUUUCACUCCCCUCUUCUCCGUCCCCUAACUGACAUCAUUAAUUAAUGAUCGUUAGCCAGAUUGAAAACAAAUCCACACUGACUCAUUUGGAUUCAUAUAUUUUUUUUUUCUUUUUUGUUACUUUAUUUGUUGUUGUUUGAUAUCUAUAUACACCCAUGUAUAUACACAUACUUUAUAUAUUUUUAUCACACUUAAUAGUAAAAGUCCGUUAUUCAUCAUUAACCAUUAACGAUAAUGGUUAUGACGAAGGUUCAAUAGAAUCAGAAAAUACAGUUUUUUUUAGAAAUUCUGAGCCAACAUCCGGCCAAGAUAGACGAGGUCAAUGAAAUAUGAGCCUACUGAGUUUUGAACCUCUGUAUCAUUGUCUCACCCUACUGAACGUCAGUACUCCAGUAUAACCAUAGUGUAACAACAGACUAGCAAAACAACAAAAUCUAUUACCAGUGGCAGCAAAUGUGCUUCAUUUGUGGCCCGCCUUAGUGGAUCACUGAUUCCAUACUUCUAGAUGUGUGUGUGUGUGUAUAUAUGCAUUAUAUGCAACUUGAGCAGGAUCAGAUUAAAAUAGUCAUGUGUAUAUCAUAUUCAAUGCAGAUACAUUUCAUUGUGGCCAGUGUGUGUGUAUGUAUAUAUGCAUUAUAUACAACUGAUUAAAAUAGUCAUCUGUAUAUCAUAUUCAGUGCAGAUACAUUUCAUUGUGGCCAGUGUGUGUGUAUGUAUAUAUGCAUUAUAUACAACUUGAGCAGGAUUAGAUUAAAAUAGUCAUGUGUAUAUCAUAUUCAAUGCAGAUACAUUUCAUUAUGGCCAGUGUGUGUGUAUGUAUAUAUGCAUUAUAUACAACUUGAGCAGGAUUAGAUUAAAAUAGUCAUCUGUAUAUCAUAUUCAAUGCAGAUACAUUUCAUUGUGGCCAGUGUGUGUGUAUGUAUAUAUGCAUUAUAUACAACUUGAGCAGGAUUAGAUUAAAAUAGUCAUCUGUAUAUCAUAUUCAAUGCAGAUACAUUUCAUUGUGGCCAGUGUGUGUGUAUGUAUAUAUGCAUUAUAUACAACUUGAGCAGGAUUAGAUUAAAAUAGUCAUGUGUAUAUCAUAUUCAAUGCAGAUACAUUUCAUUGUGGUCAGUGUGUGUGUAUGUAUAUAUGCAUUCUAUGCAACUUGAGCAGGAUUAGAUUAAAAUAGUCAUCUGUAUAUCAUAUUCAAUGCAGAUAUAUUUCAUUGUGGCCAGUGUGUGUGUAUGUAUAUAUGCAUUCUAUGCAACUUGAGCAGGAUUAGAUUAAAAUAGUCAUCUGUAUAUCAUAUUCAAUGCAGAUAUAUUUCAUUGUGGUCAGUGUGUGUGUAUGUAUAUAUGCAUUAUAUACAACUUGAGCCGGAUCAGAUUAAAAUAGUCAUCUGUAUAUCAUAUUCAAUGCAGAUACAUUUCAUUGUGGCCAGUGUGUGUGUAUGUAUAUAUGCAUUCUAUGCAACUUCAGCAGGAUUAGAUUAAAAUAGUCAUCUGUAUAUCAUAUUCAAUGCAGAUACAUCUUGGAGCUAAUCAACAGCAGCUUUUUCGUCCUAUAUUUAUGGACUGCCAUAUUAGCUUGGCAAUAACUAUUAAUAUCCAGCACCGCUGCCUUAGUCUCCUUUACAGAGACUUAGAAAUAAUAAUAUUUCUAUAUAUAUAUGUAUAUAUAAUGUGUACAGAGAGAGAGUUUACGUGAUUGACCAGACUAUUAGAUGUUGUUACACAUCACUGGUCACAAUGCACUUUUCAUCAUUUUAGCUUUCGAAUGAUGCCACCUUGCUGGCUAGACAAGCAGGCCAACAUUCCCCCCUCAUUGGAAGGUUAGUCCAUUUCAGAUAAGUAGACUCAAGUAACGUGAAAUGAAGUCUCUUGCUCAAGAGCAUAAUGUACAGCCAGUUGAUCAAUCAAAUCCAAGUCCUAGCAACCAUGAACGCAACACCCUAACCAUUAGGCCAUAUAUCUUUGUGUGUGUAUGUCUGUCUUCAUCUUUUGCCCUCCAUUCUUCCCAAGUGCUAACAGCCACCAAACCCAUUGAAAUAGUUCACCACAAAGUGUGUUGUACCUGUCUAAGUAUAGGACCCUAUCUUACAACACCUGGUGAAAAUCAUCCAUCUUCACCAGCAAAACACUCAGUUACUCACAAUGACAAUACCUGAAAUUUAACUUUCUCUUUCACUCACCAGAUUAUAACGACCAUGCCUUUUUAAGUUCCUUGCCAAGGUCUGUUAACCUUACAACUUAGCAUUCCUCGUCUGAAAUACCUUGGGAUGUAGUGAGUGCUCCAGGCAAUAAUGACUACCAAUCACAUUUUCAAACAGCUCAAGCCAUCCCCCUCUCAGUUGAUAUGUAUGAAAACACACUGUGUACUCCAGCCUAACAAUUCGCAGGGCCUUUUCAAAUACUACCACAUCCCAUACUUCCUUCACUGACCUUUAGACUUUGCCUACAUGUAGGUAUAGUCAGUUGGUUAAGGAGUUUCAGGUUCAAUCCCACCUUAUGACACUUUUGGCAAAUGUCUUCUAAUUUAGCCCCAGGCCAACCAAUGCCCUGUGAAUGAAUUUGGUAGGUGGAAACUGGAUGGAAGCCCAUCACAUAUG